AUGACCGCUGGGAUAGACAGCUGGAGGGAUAGCGAUUUUGGUUUACUUUUUUUUCCCCAACCCUCUUUUCUUUUCAAAAGGUGCUCCAGUGACAAAGAGCCACAAAAUCUAACACGUGUCUCAGAAUUCCUCCUGAUGGGCCUCUCAGAGGAUCCAGAACUGCAGCCUGUCCUCUGUGGGCUGUUCCUGUCCAUGUACCUGGUCACUGUGCUUGGGAACCUGCUCAUCGUCCUGGCCACCAUCUCAGACUCCCACCUGCACACCCCCAUGUAUUUCUUCCUCUCCAACCUGUCUUUGGCUGACAUUGGGUUCACCUCCACCACUGUCCCCAAGAUGAUAUUGGACAUCCAGUCUGGCAGCAGGGCCAUCUCCUACUCAGGCUGUCUGACUCAGAUGUCUUUUUUUAUGCUCUUUGGGUGUUUAGAUAGUCUGCUUCUCACCGUGAUGGCCUAUGACCGGUUCGUGGCCAUCUGUCACCCCCUACACUACCAGGUCAUCAUGCACCCACACCUCUGUGGCUUGCUGGUUUUCCUCUCAUUUCUCCUCAGCCUUUUGGUCUCCCAGCUACACAACUGGGUGGUGUUACAAGUCACCUACUUUAAGGAGGUAGAAAUUUCUCACUUCUUCUGUGACCCGUCUCAGCUCCUCAACCUUGCCUGUUCUGACACCUUCACCGAUGACGUUGUCACGUACAUGGUCGGCCUCCUCUCUGGGUUUCUUCCGCUCUCCGGAAUCUUUUUCUCUUACUAUAAAAUUGUCUCUUCCAUUCUGAGAAUCCCAUCAACAGGUGGGAAAUACAAAGCCUUUUCCACCUGCGCUUCUCACCUGUCGGUUGUUUGCUUAUUUUAUGGAACAGGGCUUGGGGUGUACCUCAGUUCGGUUGUCUCGCUGUCUCCCCGAAAGGGCGCCGUGGCCUCGGUGGUGUACACAGUGGUCACCCCCAUGCUGAACCCCUUCAUCUACAGCCUGAGGAACAGGGACAUCAAGAGGGCCAUGUGGAAGCUCUUGCACAAGACAACCUAA